ACCGUCUGCAUAUGACAUUCAUUUUGAAUUAGAGAGUUGGUAUAGAUUGAUGUAUAGUGAAAAUCUAAAUGAUAUUGAAUUAACGAUAAAAAAAGCAUUUCAAUCUGCAGAUGAAAAUAUCCCAUCAAUAAAAAUAAAUUUACAAAUUUAUUCUCAAGAAAAAUUUACAA